AUUCAUUAUAGUAUACAAGCCUUCUAAUGGACAGCUCUUCAAAAUUGGACAUGGUCAUUGGUUGACUCUGAGAGUCCCUUCCUCCUCCCUUCCCACCAUUUAACUACCCAACACUCCGUGUGUGUGAGGUCCACCAUAACGGCUGCACCGGCAGCCGUGACCGUUACAUUUCCAUGACGCCGAAAUCCAACGGCCACGAUUCCUCGAUGGUCACCGCCGCCAGUGGGGUACUCCUAUGUGUUCAAGGCUCAGGAGCUAUUUUCCAACUGCCACGUGUAGAGACGCGUGCGGGAACUUUGGCUUUUUCAGUCCGCCAAGUCAAUGCCGACGGAGUGUUAUCAUAUACGGUUGGGUAUCACUCGCGAUCGCGAAAUCCUACUCGUACAUUCCCCAUUUUGCGAGCCACGAUGUCUGACUCCGGCGAGCCACGGCAGUUCCCGGCGGGAGGCGACUGUUCUAGGCAGGCCGCCGACCCUCGCGUGCCUCUGCUCAACCUUUCGAUGGUUCGGGAUAGAAUGGAUGAUCUUCAGCGAUUUCUAUCGGACUCGGUCAACAGCAACACACUGCUUGGCAGCGAUCAGAUGCAAAUGGUGUCCUCGGAGCUCGUCUCUGCCAUUCACCAAAUCAUCGUCAACGGCGCAGCUUUACUCGCCUGCACUCAGGCUCCGGGAGCACCGGGCGUGUAUGAUCCAGUCAAGGCCCCUGCUAAUCAACGGCUGGUCGACGGAAUCAGCGCUCCUGAUACAAAGAUUCCGAUGAAAGGCGAGGCGGUCGACGAGGAGGCGGUUGAUGAGAUGGACGGUGACGAUCAGUGCGAGAUCGUGGAGCUCGACGCUGUGGAGUUGCUCGCCGAGCACAUCCACUUCUGCGAGAUCUGCGGAAAGGGGUUUAAGCGAGAUGCCAAUUUGAGAAUGCAUAUGCGCGCCCAUGGAAAUCAGUUCAAAACCCCAGAAGCGCUCGCGAAGCCGCCGAGCUGCGCUGAGACUAAGAAGACGAGGUUCUCGUGCCCGUUCCAGGGCUGCAAUCGCAACAAAUCACACAAAAAAUUUAGGCCAUUGAAAUCAGUGAUUUGCGUGAAGAAUCACUUCAAGAGAAGCCAUUGCCCUAAGAUGUACUCGUGCAAUCGGUGCCACAAGAAGAGCUUUUCCGUUCUGGCUGACCUCAAGAUCCAUUUGAAGCACUGCGGGGAGUCCAAGUGGCGGUGCUCGUGCGGCACGAGCUUCUCGCGCAAGGACAAGUUGUUCGGGCACAUGGCGUUGUUCGAGGGGCAUAUGCCGGCGGUGGCAGAAGAGGACGAGAAGAUGAAGGAAGAUGAAGAGGAGGAGGAGGAAGAUCAGCCGGCGAAGGAAGCUGAAUCGGCGGCAAAUUGUUCCGAUGAUGGGUUUUUCGAGGGGUUGCUCGAGAAGUUUGGAACAAUAGAUAAUUACUGUUUACAAGACAUAUUGGGGUCUCCUAAUAGUUUGCAUACUGGGAUGGAUGAGGCCUAUGACUUUUUAUAGUCCUCAGAAGAGUUAGAACCUGAGCCACCUCUCUUGCAAAAGGGCCUGAACCUGAUCUACCUCUGUAGUUGGUGCUAUGCCAGGUAAAGGAAUGCAAUGCAAUUUGCAGUUGUAACUGUUGUGAGCGAGCAAUUGCUGUACCUUUUCUUUUGCAAUGUGUCCCAUUUUUUCUUUGGAAAGAGUCAAUUUUUUACAAGCUUUCUACGUCUUUUUUUUUGGAUAAUUAGUUUAUGUUAUUGCUGUGAAAUGGAUGUGAGAUUGUGAUAACUUUAUGGUGAAUGAUCUUGAAACUGAUCAUGUAAGUCACUAAUUGUCAUUCUUAUCUGUACUAAAAAAGCCCUGACCCAAUCCCAUUUACAUUCGAGUCAAAUUUGGCUUGGGUUCCAUGAAGGGUUAGGGGUGGGUGGGAAGUUUUUCAUUUGUGAACAGUUCCUCUGCACUCGUGUAAAGUGCAAGAUGCAUAUAUAUCUAUAUAUAUAUAUAUUCCUGUCUUGUUAAG